AUGGAUCACCUGCUGCUGUUGUUCCUGUUGCUGUGGAGCUCAGAGCCUGUUGUCAGACUGGUGGAAGGAAAGAGUCGCUGUGCAGGAGCUCUGGAGCUGAAACAUCUGAGAGAAUGGAGAACAUUGAACGCUAACGCUCUCUGGAACCUGAAGACCGCAGCUGUUGUCUGCAGAGAGCUAAACUGUGGCUCUGCUGUUUCUGUGGGAGAGAGAGUGGAGUCCUCAAGCAGACCUGUGUGGGAAAUCAGUCCUAUCUGUGUUGAGUCUGGAUCUGCUCUGAGGGAUUGUGCAGAAUCAAGUUCCGCUAACCACAUUGUGACUCUCACCUGCUCAGACUCUGUCAGGCUGCUGGGGGGGACCGGUCUGUGUUCAGGUAGACUGGAGGUGAACUCUGACCCGUCUGACCCGUCCUGGUCCUCAGUGUGUGAGGCUGACUUUGACCAGCAGGAUGCUCAGCCUGUUGUCAGACUGAUGGGAGGAGAGAGUCGCUGUGCAGGAGACCUGGAGGUGAAACAAGAGGGAGAAUGGAGAGCAGUGUGGGGCUAUAACCCUAACCCUAAACGUUACUGGACCCUGAAGACAGCAGGUGUUGUCUGCAGAGUGCUCAACUGUGGCUCUGCUGUUUCUGUAGGACAGAUAUUCUCCCCACCCAGAUAUGUGUGGGGGAUCAGUCCUGCCUGUGUUCAGUCUGAACCUGAUCUGAGGGAGUGUGCAGAAGCAAGUUUCGCUGCCAACAUCGUGAGUCUCACCUGCUCAGACUCUGUCAGGCUGGUGAAUGGGACCAGUCUGUGCUCAGGUAGACUGGAGGUGAAGUCUAACCAGUCUGACCCGUCCUGGUCCUCAGUGUGUGAGGCUGACUUUGACCAGCAGGAUGCUCAGGUGGUCUGCAGGCAGCUGGGCUGUGGGGCUCCUUCAGUCCUCCAGGGGGCGCUCUAUGGAGAAGGGGAGGCUCCAAUGGGGACCAAAGAGUUCCAGUGUGGAGGCCAUGAGUCUGCUCUCCUGGACUGUAGCUCAGCCUCAGAGAGAAACACCUGCUCACCUGGCAGAGCUGUUAGCCUCACCUGCUCAGAGCCGGUCAGACUGGUGAGAGGAGAGAGUCGCUGUGCAGGAGACCUGGAGGUGAAACAUCAGGGAGAAUGGAGACCAGUGUGGGGCUAUGACUCUCUCAGGACCCUGAAGACAGCAGGUGUUGCCUGCAAAGAUCUCGACUGUGGCUCUGCUGUUUCUGUGGGAUGGAGAAAAGAGUCCUCAGAGAGAUCUGUGUGGUUGAUCAGCUCCGACUGUGUUCAGUCUGGAUCUGCUCUGAGGGAGUGUGCAGAACCAGGUUACUCUAACCACAUCCUGAAUCUCACCUGCUCAGACCUGCUGUUUCAGCCAAACAUCUCUGUGUCCUCCAUGUACGGGGUCUCCGGGGCCCAGCAGCAGGGGUUCCAGGUGUUCAGAGGCUCCACCUUCACCAUCAGCUGCUCCAUCCAGCCUCAGUACCCAGGAGGCUCCUUCCAGCUCAACUUCACCUCCAUCAACUCAGCAAACAACUACUACUCACUGCCAGCUGUCAAUCACUCUGCCCACUUCCUGUUUCCUUCUGCAGAGCCCGCCCACCAAGGAAGCUACAGCUGUGUUUAUCACCUCUUUGUUUUUUCUCAUAACUUCUCCUCUGAGAGCCGUCUGCUCUCCGUCUCCGCCACAGAUCCAGGACCUUUUAUCAUCCGAGCCGUCGUCCUGCCGCUGACUCUGCUGCUGGUAGUGACCGUCGGCCUUUACUUCUACUGCAAGGAGGAAUAAAGUAUUUCUGACUCACCAGAAGACGUUGAAUCUUUUC